AUGCUCUCCAGUGACGGCGUUCACCCAAACGACGAAGGUUAUAAACUUUUCGCGGCUGUUUGGUGGGAUGCAGUCCGAGGAAACACGUGUGCUAAGGUAGCCGGUAACGCCAGAGGUCCUAUCCAAAGCCAACUUGGAAGCGGCCACGACGAUGGCAUUUACGUACACAAUCGUAUCGAACGAGGAGCCCUAAAGUCGGCACGAAUUGACAAAUGGGGUGACCCCAAGAAUAUCACCGAUAAUAUCCCUUGGCAUAUGUUUUUCGCCAAUCUCGUGGUAGGAGACCCCAAUUUCGAUCGAAAAGACGCAUUGGAUGAUUGGAUAAGAGUCUAUCACGAUACACGCACUGGGAAGAAUACCUAUUACUUCCGCCAGAACCUUGGAGGUGGCAACUUUGGUCCGUCAACAACAUUUGACGUAGCGCAAGACUGUGAUCUUGGGCCCCAUUACGCAUUUGCAGACUUCAACAAUGAUGGCUACGAUGAUUUCUACUGUUUGAAGCAAGGCUCUGCGGUUGCUGUUUCUCUCAAUCGUGGAGGAAAUCCUCCCAAGUUUGAGUACAUAGGGCAAGUUGUGCCGACUCACGCCGGAUACACCGACCAGGAUGUUCGUAUCGCAGACAUAGAUGGUGAUGGCCGUGCAGACUACUGUCUCACACAAUCAAAUGGUCAUUUAGUCUGUUCUCGCAAUGGCGGAGUGGACGAUAAUUACUUCUGGCAGGGCUUCAGUACCGAAAAUGGAUUACGCGGUACAGUCUUUGACAAAAGAACAGCCGACCCGGCCGGUGUAUAUCUCGGUGAUAUCAACGGGGAUUACAGGACUGAUUACCUCUAUAUUGGUGAUAACGGUAAUGUCGAAACAUGGAUCAACUCUAGAGGAUGGAACCCUGGUAUUGUACCGAGCUGGCGCUCUGCUGGGCUCACCCACCCGGGACAAGCCGCUUCAGAUAUUCGCGGAAAUAUCAAAUUUGGACGAAUCUAUGGCUCUGGUCGACUGGAUUAUAUCUACUUGCAUGAAGACGACACAGGAUAUGACGUUCGCGUCUGGGAGAAUACUGGUAGCGGUGGAACUAGACGGAAAGCCGAUGGGAAUUUCUAUUGCGACAUGCGAGGAACCGGUGCAGAUGACUAUGUCUGGAUCUACUCCGAUGGACAUGCGGCAGAGAUCAAUGCUAACAUCCAUGAUCCACCUUACUGGGGGCACUCUACUACUAUCACCCUAUCUGUUCCGGGACCAAGGGUCGGCAUUCACUUGGCUGACUGGACUGGGGAUGGAAAAUGCGAUGUCCUGGUUCAGAACAAGGCCACUGGGGCGCUAACACUCUAUGAGAAUCGGUUCGAUGCAAGCAAGAAUUCCCUAACAUUUGCAAAUCGCGGGGUGGUUACUGGCGCCACUUGUUCGCAGGGUUGGGGUGUAGGAAUUUUUGAUCGCGGGAUGAGACUCGCUGAUAUUGAUGGCGACAAACGAGCUGAUGUGCUGUGCCUGGAGAAGGACGGACGUGUCACUGCGUGGCUGAAUACCAACUCCGGCCUGAGUAAUGUUGGACAGAUCAAGUUCUCAGAGGGCUGGGACAGAGCCAAUAUGCGUUUUGCAGAUGUUGAGGGGUCAGGGAGGUCUGAUCUCAUUCAUCUUGAUAAGUAUACAGGGGCAGCCAAGGUCUUCAAGAAUAAUGGACACACUCCAGGCGGUAGCGGUAGUUCCUUUUCAUGGACUAAUCGCGGAGUGCUCUAUUCUCCAAUCGAUCGAGGCGAGACUAUGCAUUUCACCAACCAAGGUGGCAUUGGUAGAGCCGACCUUCUGCAUGUCCUUCCAGUCAGCAAUAGAGCCUACACAUACUUCAAUGAGUGUGGAGGUGGGAGUGGGGGCGACGAUGGUCUAAUCGAGGACCCCCAUUUACCCUCUUAUGACACUGGCGGUGGUAUUGAAGACCCCGGCAAUGGCAAUACGCCAGGCGCUAUCUCGAUUGAUGGACGCUGUGGCCCAAAUUUCAACAAUGCCAGGUGCAUCGGGUCGCUAUUUGGCGCCUGCUGUUCAUUUGACGGUCAUUGCGGUGGCGACGGCGAUCAUUGCGGAUCGGGAUGCCAGUGGGAUUUUGGCCUCUGUCGAGGUACCGGGGACGACGAGGAGGGUGGAGGCGGCAAUGGAGAGAGCGGCGGAGGAGGCGGCGGCGACUCGAUUUGGACCCCUGAGAUCAUCGCGGAAGUCUGUGGCUACAAAUUUAGUAAUUUGACCGGAGACCCUUUGGAUCCCAUGGAACGGUCGUACACUUGGAUUGCCAGCAGCGCUGCUACGUGGUUCCUCAACUUUCUGAACACUAACGGCGCGAAGAACUGGUCGAACAAAUUCUUCCAGGCAGUUAUAGCCAACGGUACACAAGGUGGCUCGACAUAUGAUUGUAUUGACAUGGGCAAACACCAGUGUCCCGGGCCUGUGAAUAAAGAAUGCAAGACAUACACUCCUCCCCCGGCCUUCUACGUUCAUAUUCAAAUGGGGAAUUUGUACGGCGCCUACACCAAGCUUUGGGGCGCCAUGGUCGAAGACGGAAUAAAAAAUCUCGCCAGCGGUAUCAAGGAGAUUGUUGAAGAGUACGGGACACCUCCGAAGGAUGAAAACUCGGGAAUCGUUGAUAUGCUCGUCGGGAUCAUGACCUCUCUUUUGGGCCUUGCCGUUGAGCGUGAUCCUGCUUUAGAGGGACCCAUGACAUUCUUGGCCGAUAUCAUGGAGCAACUGAAAGAAGAAGAUGAAAUCGACCCGGGCGAACUCAAUGACGAAUUAGAGGUAGCCUACGGCAAGAUGUUUAGCGGAGUAAUGGCAUCUAUAAACGGCACCGGCAGCCGUAUCUUCAGUGGAACUCUUCCCGACGGUUGGGAGGGAUCAAUCAGUGCUGAGGAUUGGGUUUGGACCCGGUUCGCGAAUGGCCAAUGGUUGGACGCAAAAGCUGUCUCGGACACGGUAGACACAUACGUUGAAAACACCCAGUUCAAGUUUGUAAGUAUCGACGCUCAGACCCAAUAA